AUGGCUGUCCUAUUCCUCCUCUUAUUCCUUCUGCUUCUACAUCGUCCCCCCCAGGCUGCUGCAGAGAACAUCCAGGCCAUCUAUGUGGCCUUGGGGGAGGCAUUGGAGCUGCCAUGUCCCUCACCAGCCAAGCUACAUGGGGAUGAAUACUUGUCCUGGUUCCGCAGCUCUGCAGCAGGCUCCUCUACCGUCUUGGUGGCCCAAGUCCCAGUGGCCAAACCAGCCCCAGACUCUGGGAAGCUCGAAAGAGAAUCCAGGCCCAAAUUGCUGGGGAACUACUCUCUGUGGCUGGAGGGGACCAAGGAAGGGGAUGCUGGGCGGUACUGGUGUGCCGUGCUGGGUCAACACUAUAUAUACCAGAACUGGAGGGUGUAUGACAUUUCUGUGCUUAAAGGCUCCCAGUUGUCUGCGAGGGCCGCAGAUGCAUCUCCCUGCUCUGUUCUGCUGUGCUCCUUGAUUCCUCCCCGACGCCUGGACUCUGUGACUUGGCUGGAGGGGAAGGGGUCCGUGAGGGGCCGGGUACAGUCUUUCUGGAGUGAGGGAGCUGCCUUGCUCUUAGUGUGCCCCGGGGAAGGGCUUCCUGAGCCCAGGACCCGCAGACCAAGAAUCAUCCGCUGCCUUGUGCCUCAAAAUAAAGGGGUCAGCUUCAGCCUAGCAGCCUCCAUGGAUGCCUCUCCUGGCCUCUGUGCCCCCUCCACAGGCUGGGAUGUGCCCUGGAUCCUUAUGCUGCUGCUCGUGGCAGGUCAAGGAGUCACCAUCCUGGCCCUUAGCAUCAUGCUGUGGAGAUGCAAGGACCAGAGGGUUCAGUGCAGAGAUGCCUCGAUUCCUCAGUUCAAACCUGAAAUCCAGGUCUACGAGAACAUCCAUUUGGCCCGUCUGGGCCCACCUGCCCCCAAGACCAGGUGA